UGGUGAACCGAACGUUAUUCUUCUCCAGCCGCGGCGCUCUUUCUCCCUCUCCCGGUCAGUUUCCCUCACGGCCUCACCGACUGAAACCCAGCCAAAGUGCCAAACCCCUCCCAAGCGCGGGGAGCAAAACAAACCCUCACAAUAUCGCUAGUCGUGCAGAUUUCCGAGCUCUAGCCCUUGGCCCUUGAAAUUGCUAUCCCCGCUAUCACCAUUCCGCCAAUGGGGAAGCGACCGCAGGUCGUUGUUCUGUCCUCUUCCUCUGGGGAAGAUGACGGCGGGGGGCGCCGCGGCCCUCGGGCGCGGAGGCCGAGGACGCCCGCGACGGCUCCGGCGCAGGCUCAGGCAACAGGCGCCUCGAGGAAAAAGCCGCGUCGCGAGAGCAGCGCGGGGAGAGGACGUCGCCGCGCCGCAAAACUAGCGCCGUCCGUCUCCUUGAAGGCUGAAUUUGAUACGCUCUCUGAAGAUUUUUCAGAAUGUUUUAAUGACUUCAGCAUUCCAGACAGGGCCUAUACGGAAAACGAAAGAGCUUUGGGUUGACAAGUACACACCCCACUCGUUGGCUGAGCUUGCUGUUCAUAAAAAGAAGAUUGAAGAUGUAAAGAAAUGGAUGGAAGAGAAGCUGAAGGCACCAAAGGCAACGGUUGGAGGAUGGACCCUUGUCCUAACUGGGCAAACUGGUGUUGGAAAAUCAGCAACUGUGAGAGCAAUUGCUGAUGACCUUGGAGCAGACUUAUGUGAGUGGACGACUCCAGUACCAACACUGUGGGCUGAACAUGUUCAUGCUAAUUCAGGAUUACGCUAUACAUCCAAGCUUGAAGAAUUUGAAACUUUUGUAGAGAAGAUAAGGAAGUAUUCAAUGCUUUGUCCAACCAACACCAGGUCCCAAAGGAAUCUCAUUAUCAUUUUGAUUGAUGACAUCCCUGUAACAAGUGGAAAUGUUGCUUUUGCAAGACUAGGGAAAUGCCUAACUGGUUUAAUUCGAAGUACUCAAGUACCAACUGUCAUUUCACUCACUCACUACCACAAAAGUGAGAGUAACGAUACUGCAAUGUGGAACUCUGAGGACCUUGAGUCCUUACUUCAAGAUGCUGGUGCUCACAAGAUUGGUUUCAAUCCAGUAACCACAAAUUCUAUCAAGAAGAUCCUUGUUCGAGUAUGCAAAGAAGAAAGCUGCCAUGCAUCUGAAGAAUUAUUGCAUCAAAUAGCCACCUCUAGUGGAGGUGAUAUUAGACAUGCAAUAAUGUCUCUUCAAUACUAUUGUCUUGACCCCAGAAGGCAUAGUUCUGCAUUGGCAACAAGUUCUAGUUCUACUGUCCCAAAGAACCUUGAUUCUCUGGUUCCAGGGCAUGAGAGCUAUGGCCCUAGCAGUGCAUUACCUUCCCCAUGUGGAAGAGAUGAGACACUUUCACUAUUUCAUGCCUUGGGGAAAUUUUUGCACAACAAGAGGGAAACUAAUAGUGAUGCUGAUAUCGACCUGGAUUCGUUUCCUCUUAAAGAAAACCUAAGAAGAAAUGCACUCAAAAUGGAUGUUCCAGAAAAGAUUCUUUCACAAGCACACGGAAAAGUACGAACAGUUGUGGAUUUUCUUUAUGAAAAUGUUAUUGAUUUCAUUGACAGUGAAGCUGUUGAUGAUGCAUGGGCUGUGGUAUCAUAUUUGGGUGAGGCGGAUUGUCUUCUUACUGGUGGUCCAGUCGCAUCAUACAACUCAGAAAACAUAGCACAGCUCAUUGCUGCCUCUGUUGCGGCACGGGGAGUUCUUUUUGGAAAUGCUCAUGUCACACCAUCAAGGUGGCAUACAAUCCGGAGCCCGAGGCUCUGGCAAACUGAUCAAUCAUCUCGAUCCAAUAAGGACCACAUUCUGAAGGAAAGAUUUGAUUGUUCAAGGACGUGUGGUUUUUGCAACUUCGCUGACUUGGUCACAGAAUUCAGACCAUUGGAGAGAUGGAUUGGUCCUCGUAAUGGUGGGCAUAGAAGCAGCUGCUUGCCCCACGGCGUAGGUUGCUCGCCCAUGGGAGUCGCUGAUGGAAAUAAUUCUGAAGAGGAUGACGAUAUGAUAGAAGAUUGUUAAUCGUGAGUCGCAUUAUGAGAUGCCAACAUAUCAUUAUGGAUGCUGACUAGCUGAUUCAAAUAGUGGCUCGCUGUUUAAGGGUGCCAUUGAUAUUUAAGUUUUAUGAAGCUAAUUGUUGCACUUACCAGUUUCAUGCGUCACGUCCGAAGCGUGUAGAGUAGCUCGGUUUUUCUUUCCCAUAUGUCGUCUAACAAUCAAGGAGUUACCAGCUGCGAGAAAACAUCUAAGUCUAACAUGGCAUGAAGUUACAUAGAUGUAGCACUCAUGGUAUCACUUCGCUAGCUGAACUGAGGAUGAUUGAUUGACCGAGUUAUAAAAAAGUGUAGCAUCUACAAUUUAAUAUUUAGUAUGUGGCUCAUAUGUCCACUUUAAUUUUAAUUUUAAAUUUAUUUUUGUA